AUGCCAUCCAACGCAACGGACCGCAUCCCUAGUCUGACGGGGAAGAUCAUCGGCGAUGGUCACCGGCUCCUUGAGCUCAUCGGUUCCGGAGCUGGUGGAGUCGUCUACAAAGCCAUCCACCCCCAACCUCCCUCUCUUCCAAGCCGAUCUUCCGCGCCGUCAAGCAUCGCGCACCGCGACCUCAAGCCGCAGAACAUCCUCGGCACCGGGACCUACAUGAUCCCUGAGGCCACGGGGAGAUUCAACGGGUGGGCCCCGUAUCGCCCCCGGACGAGCGACGUCCGUGCGCCCGGCAUCAUUCUCAUCAACACGCUUACCGGCCAGAACCCGUGGACGCGUGCGCGAAACGACGACCCGGACUUCAAGGCAUACGUCUAUGACCCGGAGUCCUUCAUGGAGUCCCUCCCGAUCUCUCGCUACAUCGCCGGCCUUCUCCGCCACACGCUCGCCGUCGACCCGAGGUAUCGCCUCUCGCUCGCGAACCUCCGCCGCGCGAUCGCCGACGCGCCCACGCUCUUGAAACAGCGUGCUGCUCCCGCGAGCUCGUCCCGGAAGGAGGAGUUGGUGCCGGUCCCCGACCGACAAGCGCAUCGUUCGACGCCGUCGCCCUCCAUCAGCCUGGGUCACGUCUCCGACAUCGGCCGCCAUAUCUCGCAUCUCCGCGCGCGCGAGCGCCCGCGCCGCGGGUCAUAG